UCAAGGUCGUCUGAAGUUGGUGUCUACUCUUUCCUGUUGCGCCAACUGGUUUUCAUUCGAUAGGAUUUCACAGGUAACUCAGUGAAAAGCGUGUUCUGAUCUCAAACUUCUAUGGGUCAGAAGCAACCAAAGUUAAAACAAGAUGCUGUUGAAGAAUUAUUAACUCAAACGUCUUUUACGGAAGCAGAAAUACAAGAUUGGUACAAAGGAUUCUUAAAGGAAUGCCCAACUGGUCAUUUAUCCAUCGAUGAUUUUAAACGUGUAUAUACAAAAUUUUUCCCAUACGGUGAAUCAACACGUUUUGCUGAAUGUGUCUUCCGUACAUUCGAUAAAAAUCGUGAUGGCUUGAUUGAUUUCAGAGAUUUUCUAUCCUCAUUGAAUAUCACAAGUCGUGGUGAUUUACCACAGAAAUUACGUUGGGCAUUUACAAUGUAUGAUUUAGACAAUGAUGGAUACAUAUCAAGGCAAGAUUUAAUUGAAGUGCUUACGGCAAUAUAUGCAAUGGUUGGAUCAGCUGUUGAAUUUACUGACUCUGAAGCGACACCAGAAAGGCGAACAGAGAAAAUUUUUCAACUGAUGGAUCUAGACGGAGAUAAUCGUCUUUCAUUGGAUGAAUUUAUUAACGGUGUACAAAACGAUAACAUCAACACCAACACCAACAGUCUUGUUGUCCUCCUGAUUCAUUGA